AUGGGUAUACAAAAGUGCUCACACUCGGGUCAAUUCUAUUUCGACAACCUUCCGACAUCCACGCUAAAUACAUCCGCUAUUAGUCAAAAAACACCAUGGACUACUGUUCAUACGUCACGUGAACGAUGUAAAUUGGCUGAAGCUCAGUUCAAGGAGUCAUUGAGUCAGGUUUCUCUCUUGAUUCAAGAGCUUCGUAAUCUAGCAUUGUAUCCGGCCGAAAAUUCUGACUUUUCAGCGAAUUUUUCCGAUUUGCUGGUACCAUUGCUAACUGCAAAACCUAGCGACGAUUCUUCUGACACAUCAGUAGAUGAUGAUAUGCUUAUUUUAUUUGGGGCUCCGGCGACAAUUUUCCAACUGUUGUUCCAUAUUCCAUCAAUUAAUUCAGAACUAACGGAUUUAGUUCUGGAGCUUGGAGCCUGUUCGUCCUCUUACUCACAGCAAUUGCUUGAACAGUUCCGCCCGCCUGUUGGACUACCCACAAUGUUUAGCAGCAAAAAAGCGUUUUCUGAAACGGCAACUCGGUUACUUCAACUUUUCCAAAUUGUUUCUGACCCACCCGUCCAAUCUACCAUAUUGCGAAUCCUUCCCGAUUUGGCUUCUUCGCUUUGUGCAUCGAACUGCGCACUGAAUGAUGAGGAUCGUGCGGCUUUUGUACUACAGCUGAUGGAUUUAUUGCGCACUGUUCCGGUGGGGCGCAAUCCUUCCGCUGUUUCCGACCAACAGGAUCCAAUAAAUUGUCUUUUGGACUGUCUUGCUGGAUUUUCAAUGAGUGCUGAGCAGAUCUCUCGACUACAUACAACCUGUUUCGAUUUACUAGACCGAUGCUACACGGAUGAGGCAUAUUACACCUACCUCCCUACGAUUUUCCGCUGUCUAAUGAUCAAUGGACCACAGGUUGCGCGCAAUUCUCCAGAAGCUUCCCGGUUAAUCAUUCGGCUGCGAAAAUAUUUCAUAUUCCCUCGGAAGCCGUUGGAGCUUCAUGGGAUCUCAGUGGGUGAUACACUGGUUGAACUUUUGCGUUUGGCUUAUCGGUUCAAUCGAUUGCUUAUGACAGAAUGGAUGCGCGCCAUUGAUACUUCGUCGAUUUCGAAAUUAUCUGAUUCGUCUACCGUAGAAUUGACGACUAUCCAUAACCAGGCUAUACAAGAUUUCCUCAUCCUUUGCGUAAUCUACAGCACAGUUGACACUAAUUCCACCGCAUCUCUCGGACGUACCCCACAAGGUCCAUACAAAGAAACCCUGAUGAUGUGCAGCAAUGCGUCAUCUCAGUUCACUCGAUUUCAGAAGGAAACUGAUUCGCUUGUCCGACGAUUAGCCCUGAGUGACCGGAUGUUCCCUCGGUGUCUUCGUGCGGAACUAAUAAACCAAUUUCUUAUGGAUUUUGGUCCAACUUUGAUGUCGGAACGCACGCGAUUAUUUUCAGCGUUCUCACACUUUCUCGAUCAGUUAAUUUCUGUCACUGGUACUGCGGUGGGUGUGUCUCAGUCACACAACACGGUUCGACAACUUGGUCUGAGUUUAUACAUUGAAACGUUUUGUGCAUCGAGUUGCACUGAUGGCCUAAAACGGGAGAUAAUCAAACAUCUGGUUCGCCACGGUCUAACUGGACUCGGAUCAGCAACUGGACGCCAAAUCGGAGCUAUGAGAUGCAUUGGUCCCAUACAAACUGGUCUGGUCGCGCUAUUACGUUUGGCUCAGCGUCAGCCACACCAGUUGGUUAAAUUCGAAGGAUUGCUUGGUGGUUUGGUGGAUCAUUUAUUUCGGUCGGUCUCGUCUCAACAGACCCCCACAAGUGACCAGGGUUUCGUGGUUCUUAUGGAUCAUGCAAGAUGCUUGUUUACCAUUAUGGCUUGGAUUUCUUUCUGUCGCAUCUCACCAUUCAUUUCCAUCCAACUCUUUUAUUACGUUUGGGUUCUUUCAAGUGACCGGGAAAACAAACCUUUCCAAGAGAAGCUACUGGGGCUGCUCCGAAAACAGUUUUCCAGUCCGUGUUUGACUGCUAAGGCUCUCAGUAUCAUUGGGGCGGUUGUUGUAUUAGAAACAAUCUGCCGGAGACCGUCGCCAUGUAAAGCCGAACUGGAGGUUGCCUGCUCAACGCAAACGGACGAUUCGAUCGUUUUGGCCAGCCAAAUGACCCAUUUGGAAGUUGAUAGAGCUAGCACAUCCACAACGAGCACCACAAGUUGUUUAAGUCUUCGUGGCCCGGGCACGGGUUUGGCGGAUGACUUGGAUGAAGUUCAUUUGGCAGCAGAUGAUACCGAAGACGAUCGGACUGACAGUGUGACUCAUGGGGAUGAUUCUCGUUGCAUCACUCCGCCCUCCAGACUUCUGCUUCAGUUAAUCGGGUUAGUAGAACAUACCAUUUCCGGUUAUCCUCAACUCAAAUGUCUCUGGCUGGACGAGCUGCGUGCCUGCUUCUGUAGGCUAUCACAAAUUUCAUCAAUGUCAACGGAUUGUGCGACGCAGACCGCCAGAUCCUCCAGGAAGUCGCUAUUCAAUACCCCGUCCAGUGUGCAAGCAGUACGGUUGAUAAAUUGGAUGGGUGCGCGAGUCAUGCGUGACUUUCAGACAGACUUUAUAGUUGACAAUGCCACACUGGAAGGCUUUGUACCACAGCUCAAUUUGAAUGAUCCGUCAAUGUGCGAAGUGGCUAUUAAUUUGGGACCCUCCUGGACGAACUACUGUUUUGCUUUGUCGACUUCAGUCGCCCGCGUCCGUUCGUUGCAUUUAUCCGAUGGGAAAUCCAGGAUACCACCUUCUCCGAUAAUACUCCCUUCACAACUAGCGUUUUUGGCCGAGGUGGAACGUACAAAACAUCAAGGCCGUUUGGAUGCCAUUGAUGCCCUUUUGGGAUGUCCAUUGUUACUAUUGCCAUCGGGACAUCUACCCGAUUCGGAUGCAGCGCAGGAAGUACACCUGUUGGAUGCAGUUAGGGAAGAACCUCAAUUGAUUUUGCUUAUCAUCAAUUGGUGUGUGGAGGCUGUCAACGUGUUUUCUCCUCUAUUUGUGGCUCAUUUUGCUUCGAGUGAGAAGCAAAGUGAAGGAAGGGAUUCCAGUGCUGCUUCUCAGGCUGAUCGUCACAGCUGUGGUGACAACGAAAGCUGCCCCAUACGUUUACAACAUCCCACUGUUCUAAGUCGUCUUGCACAAAUCGCUCAUUUGAGAAACCGAUUGCAUGUGUGUCUUCUUCGGCUCGACCAUCAGUGUCCAGUUCCUUUGGACUGUUCACAAGAUCAGCCCACUGUGGAGACCCAGCGCCUGGCUGACUUGUGUCUCCCAACAGCGACUUUCGAGCCUGGACGGACAUGGGAUUCUCAUCCAUCAAGAGCGGAUUCAGGUCGCUUCCCCUGUUUCACCUGUGGAAUCCACCUAGUUUCCACGGCCAACCGUAAUCAGGUUCCCAGUCGAAAAACUGGCACCUCCGAAACGAAGUCAAAAUGUGCCGGGAAAAAGAGGAAACGCAAAUUCACUGCGCGCAUCUGCAAGACCAAGCAGGGCCGUGGAGAUGAAUCUGAGGAUGAAUGCCUUGGAGGGGAAGACGCUGAUAACGAUGCAACGCAGGUUAAUUCUGUAUCAUCAGAUAAUGAAUCUAUAUGUGUUGAUUCUGGCGGGGCACCCAUGAAGAACUCAAAGAAGCUACUACCGUCAGGAGCCUCGAAAUUGGCAGCCGGAAAAUUAAAAGGAGUGAGGAACGCAGGACCAGUAUCGCCGGGUCUAACGGAAUUAACUGCCUGCUUCCGGGAACUGGAUAUAACGUCACUAUUCUUAGGCUUAAGUGCAUGGCCUUGGUCUCCGACGAGACCUACUGACGCCAACUCCACGCAGUGUAGCGGACAGAUGAAUUGUGAUCGACCAUCCACACUGGACUGGACAACGUUGGCUUGGCUAUUAGAAGACUUCAGUUCAAAGCUACAACAUUUGUCAGGGAUACGACCAUCUUUUCUGACUGGCUGGUAUUCUUUUCAACGCCUUGAUCAGUUGCGGUCUGAUGUGCGUAGGACGUACUUCCUUCAACUGAUUCCAAGUGUGCAUCGAGCCAUAGUAUUCGCCACCAACUUUUUCCUAAACGAUGAAAGUGGACCUAGCGAUGAUCUUCAAUCCUCCCGUUCUUCCGGGGAGGGUGAUCCAAUGUCAACUAUGCACCAAGCAUCUCGGGGCAAAGAAAUAUCUUCGAAACCCGACACAUUCCAACCGUGUGUUGACUUGUUUUCGGGUACUGGUGCGCUUAUUUCAAAUAUCAUUUGUGAUUGCCUUCAAAUUUUGUGCAUCCUACUGACGGGCAUCCACAAUCCAAACAGUCUAGCAAUUCCACAACCUUCUCAUACCACCACUGAGUACAGCGAGUGCGCCGCAGACAACUUUCGCCAGUUAGCACACGCGUGUGCUUCUCGUGAGACGCAUGUAACAGGUUCAGUGGCUGUUGACGACUGUCCUAACAAGCAAGACUUGUUCGAAAACUUGUCGGAUGAAUCAGCUGCAAAAGGGACGGACUCGGCUAGGUGUCCGGUUUCAGACUACCGAUCUUUUACUAAGGAUGUCCGCGUCGUCCUGGAAUGGAUUCUCCGAAUGUCUCCUGCAGGAUUACCUCAUGCCACAGCAGCCUAUCUGCACGCAAGACUGGUGUAUCGUACUGCGACCGUAUACCUCGACUGUCUGAAUAGAUUACGACAGUUCUCGGAUACAUCGCUUGAAGAAGAGCACACCUGGUUUCCGGAUCUCAAUGCUUACACAAAGUCUCUGCUUGAUAAAGAAUGGGAUCCGGAAGUUCUUUGGAAAGGCCACACAUUUCGCGAGAGUCUUCAAGGUCUGUUGGCCAUGCAUCUCCGUUUUCGACCGGACACAGUGGAGGGGAUAACUCGUGGUGUGCGUGAUCGUGAAAUAUCUAUCCUAUCCCCAAGCUUUUUGCUUGACCUCACCCGGGGUCUUAUCUUACCUACGGUGCGUCGCUACCAGGGGCAGCGUGGAGUACAGACUUCAGCCUCAGAAACCAACUGUUGGGACGGUUACAAGACUCUUACCCGUCAAACCAUGGACAUUUACUGUCGUGAAGUGUUGUCCAGUGUUUUAUGGUACAUGAAACAACUCUGCUUCACCCACUCGUCUUCCGAAAAUUCGACCAACGAUUGUCACUUACUCGCUUGCUGGAACGAAUGCAUCGUUGUUUUUGGCCUCUUGAUUGAUUUGGUGGUUUCUCCAAGCGGCACUGGCGGGCGUCAUCGUACUUACGGCGAGCAGACUACACCCUGUGGUAGCGAUCGGUUGUUAUCAUCCUUAGUCUCCACUCUGUUGCGCACAGGACGCCUAUUUCUUCAAGGUUUACUCAAAGGUUGCAUGCCCAUUCUAAGUAGUUUGUUUCGCCACAGGGGUGUUGAGGUCGUCACAUUCUUGAAGAACACUCAAUCGCUCACACGAUUUUUGCAGCGGGUGUGCACGCAUGCCAAAACCAAUCGAGAUGCUAAGCUGGCCAAUCAAAUUCCGGCAACCCGAAGGUGCUUGGAAAUUUUUGUCUACAGGGUGAAAAUUCUAUUAUCACAAAACCAAUGCUCCGAUGCCUUUUGGCUGGGGACGUUAAAAAAUCGUGAUUUGGCCGGAGUCGAACUACCAGAUGACAGUGACUCUGAAAACGAAAGUCAGUCAACUCCUGGUUCAGCGCGUUUACCCGUACAGCGCCGGGUGCCACCCCCCAGAAUAAGUUAUUCCCCCUCUUUACCGGCCGAGGAGAUUCGUGGCUCAAUUGAUUCUGACCUCGACGGCAGUGAGGACGACAAUGAGUCGAAUGUACAGUCGGUAGAAAGCCCGACAGAGGCUGACCUGGGUGAUAGUGAUCAUAGUGAUGAGAAUGGUUCCGAGGAAGAGGAUGGGCUGAUUGAGCCAAGUGACACAGAGUCGUGUCAACUAUGAAUACGUUUUCUUAUUUCCAAGUUACCAUGUUUUACAUCCAAGAAAUAUAAAGAUCAUCUCAUUUUUAACGACCGG